AUGGAUCUCCUUACCACCUUUCCAAACUACGCCACCGAAUCCCCACUAUCGGACAACGCUGAAUUCCCACCAUCGAGUGACACCGAAUUCUAUAACAGCUGGAAUGAAAGUUGGGCCUCAGAGCCUUUCUAUAACAGUGCUCAAAUCCAUCAGGUCAUGAAAAUAGUUUCCAUGGUAAUUUAUAGCAUCACACUGGUGCUGGGCGCCACAGGCAAUGGCCUAGUUAUCUUCCUCACCGGUUUCCUCAUGAAAAAGACGGUCACCACCAUAUGGUACCUCAACUUGGCCGUGGCCGAUUUUGUCUUUGCCCUUUCACUCUCCUCCGAGAUAGCUUACUUGGCCCUGGAUUAUCACUGGACUCUGGGAAGGUUGAUGUGCAAACUCGACAGUAUGGUGACCUUCCUGAACAUGUUCGCCAGCGUCUUCUUCUUGACAGCCAUCAGCGCCGACCGCUGUGUUUCUGUGAUGUUCCCUGUCUGGGCCUUGAACCACCGCACUCUCGAGCUUGCUUCCCUCGUGGCUGGGUGCAUUUGGACGGCCGCCUUGGCCCUCAGCUUACCAUACCUCAGUUUCCGUGAUACGAAAUACCUUCCAGAUGGCUCCAUUUGGUGCAUCUAUAACUUUGGUUCGGAGGACGACGGUGGUCUCAGGACACAACAGCAUUUUUCCGUAGUGAUGACCGAAUUCACGGUCGGCUUUGUCAUCCCCUUCACCGUCAUAUUGGCCUGCUACUGUGCCAUCGUCAUCAAGCUGAGGAGAAGCCUCUUCAGUCGUUCCAGCAGGUCCGUCAAGAUCAUCGUGGCUGUGAUCCAGGUCUUCUUCUGCAGCUGGUUCCCAUACCAUCUCUUCUCCAUUCUCGAAAUUCUGGGAGAAGACAGUCUCGGAAUGCAAAAAACCCUUGACAUAGGAGCGCCGGUGGCUCACGGACUUUUCUGCCUCAACAGUUGUCUCAAUCCUCUUUUGUAUACCUUCGUCGGGACAGGUUGCAAAGCAGCUAGUGGCCGAUCCUUCUUGUCUUCCUUUAAAGGAGCUUUCAGUGAGAAAUGGGUCCCGCAUACUCUUUCCAGAAGCAGAAAUUCCAGCAGCGCUUCAGCAGUGGAGUCCACAAUGGUUUGA